CUCUGCCAAUGCUCUCUCGCCUCAAGUGAGGGUUGCACCACUCAAAAAUGGCAACAAUAAGGAUUGUUUUGUCGCCACAAUCCCUCGCUUCCUUGAUCAUUUUCUGCCUUCUUUUCAUCGCCGUCUCGUCUAGCGUGGAUCCACAACAAGACCCCAAGCCAACAAACAACUAUUAUAACAAGAAUGCAACUGCCAAUGCAAAUGCAACUGCAAAUGCAAAUCCCAAACCAACAAAAGCACGACCAACAACGAACGUUGUUCCGGCAAAGAGGAAGAAUGGUAAAUUUAUCAGCGAUUUUGUUUCUGCCCACAACAUGGUAAGACUCCCCUUCGGACAUGCACCCAUAAAAUGGAACUAUACCCUUGCCUACUUCGCCAAACAGUGGGCUCUAAAGCGUGUAGAUGAUUGCAAGUUGAUCCAUUCUUAUGGCCCUUACGGAGAGAAUCUGUUUUGGGGUGGCAGAACCCAUUGGAGCCCUAGCGCGGUGGUGAAAUGCUGGGUUGAGGAGAAGGCUUUUUAUGAUCCACAGUCAAACUCCUGUGCCAGUGGCCAAAUGUGCGGACAUUACACCCAGGUUAUCUGGAGAGAUACGCUCAGGGUUGGUUGUGCUCGUAUUAAAUGUAACGAUAACAAAGGAAUAUACGUGAUUUGUAACUAUGAUCCACCCGGCAAUUAUAUCAAUGAAGACCCAUUUGGCAACUUGCCUAAUCCUGGGAAUUUGUUGAAUAAUUCACUAGCAUUGCUGCCGAAACCUCCACUACCGUAACGCCAAAAGCCUAUGCAAAUUGGUGAAUAAUAUGGUGGGAGUUUAAGGAGAAUUGAUCAUGGCUUGGCUAAUCAGCUUCCAGGAAAUUUAUCUUCUUUUUUUUACU